AUGUCGACGGUCAAGGGCGCCGUUGCUUCCACACCGCAGGCCAACGGGUACGACCGAACGAGCCACUCCCCGCACCCACAAGCCCAACAGACACACCACCACUCAGGUUCUACUGGUACCGAGGCGCUCCCCAACACUGCCGCAAAUUCACACGGCGACUAUGGCGACCACAUGACCUCCCCUGCCUCUAUGCGGCCCCCCAGGUUUAUAGAGGAGUGGGAUGCUAGCCAGCGUGGGAGCUCCGUUGUCGAUGACCAGGGGCUUAGCGGGAUGCAACGGUCGGCAUCCUAUUCUGGCCAUGGGGGUGGUGUCAUCGGAGAUGGAUCGUCUUUGUCCCGUGGCAAUACCCUCAGGAAGAAGGCAUCGAUUCGAAGAAGCGCGAGCCUAAAACGGAGCGGAAGCCGUAGGAGCAUGAAAGCUGGAAGCGUCAGGAGUCUAGCCCUGCAGCCAGCAACGGACCAGGACGAGAUGCAUAGCGCGUUCUAUUGCCCAGUGCCAACCGCAGCCAACCCGACCGAGGCACUCGCGAAUCGGUUCCAAGCGUGGCGGAAGACGCUCAAAGACCUCAUCAUCUACUUUAGGGAAAUCCAAACACACUACGAGCACCGGGCGAAAUCGCUUAUAAAACUGGCAAACGUGUUGAACAACACUGCCACCCCGCCUGGGUUCCUUUCAUCUGGUGGUCUGGAUGAUGCAUUGCAGAUACUGAGAGGCUACAACAAACAAGCCAUUGCGGAGGCUAAUAAGGCCAGGGAAAUCGAGGAGGAUGUGAUCUUGGCCCUCACUGGGCUACGGAGUGACCUCCACCAGAAGAUCAAGGAAAUCAAGAACUUGUCGGGCGAUUUCAAGAACUCGGUUGAUAAGGAGAUGGACAGUACACGCAAGGCCGUCAAUCAACUACAAGAAGCGCUCGGACAGAAUGAGCUCGACCCUGCUCUAACCAUAGGAAAACAAGACCCCUAUAUCUUACGGCUCGCGGUGGAUCGGCAACUUGAACGGCAAAUCGACGAGGAGAACUAUUUGCAUCAGGCCUAUCUCAAUUUGGAGAACUCGGGAAACGAGCUUGAAUCCAUUGUCGUCGGCGAGAUUCAAAAGGCCUACAACGCGUACGCUGGUAUCCUCAAAAGAGAAUCAGAUGCCGCCUACCAUACAAUCGAGGAGCUUCGCGCCGGACCCGUAUCCAUGGCCAAGGACACAGAAUGGACGUCAUUCAUACAGAGGGAUGACCGUUUCGUGAACCCCGAGCUCCCUAUGCGGUUAGCAGGAUCCAUCCAUUAUCCCGGCCGCGAUCAUUAUGCUUGCCAGGAGAUACGCGCGGGGCUUCUAGAGCGAAAGAGCAAGUAUCUGAAGAGUUACACGCCCGGAUGGGCUUUGCGGUCGUCUGUCAGCAGCGACGGUGUUGAUGAUGACGAGGAACCACCCUUCACGGCUACCGUAUCCUCGGUUAACCAACAAUCAAGACAAGAUGGGCUCUCGCGACGUCCCUCUGGUGGGCGGUUCCCAUCCGAUCUCCAGGUAAACGCACAAAGGGGUUUACAGGUCCCUGUCUCACCUCUUAGCGCAAGCUCCGGAUACGGCGAAAGUCUCAAUCAUCAUGACCCGUUCAUCGCAACUGUCCCCACAAAGAGCGACUUGAGUCAACACCCACAGGGCCUGCAGAAUCAUAGCCAACCACGCGGGACCGAGCCCGGGAGUUCCCAGCGUCUUACUACCAUGGAUGGCUCUAUGGGUGGGCCAGUGCAGUUUCCUAACCCAGCGGCUACGACUGGGCCACAAAGGCGGAGUUUGCAGGUACCAGGCAUGCCAGGCCAUUCGACCACCACAACACACGACGUAUCACCGGUGGACAGAGGAUACGAUUCUCAAACGUGGGCCGAGCCAGUGCCCAUCCCGCUUCCACAUCCGCAUCAACAGCUCUCGUCAACUAUGGAUGGCGGAGGGAGCGAGAUCUACGACCCCCAAGGAAUCAGGGUAUUGGAUAGCGCCCCCAAUGGCAACAAGGUGGAAGCCCAGACAUCUCGCGGCGGGGAAAAGGCGGGAGCCCAAGCGGGUGAUGACGGCAUUAUCGACAGUGAGAUUUCCGCGAGGCCUGGUGGUGCGGUCCGAGUUGAUAGCGCUCAGACGAUCUCGCACCUCCAUAUCCCAGGCCAGUACCCGAGAGGAUCAAACGCGGGGUUGUGA